GCCGACGUAUAUUCAGACAGACACUCCCACUCUCUUUCACACCUUUUCACGCAACACCGAACGCCUCUCUCUCUCUCCGGAUUGUUUAUUCAAGUGUACAAAUGUGGAGUCUUGUGCGGACAAAUGUGGGUUCUCUUUCUUUUUUCUACCGCUCGUACAAACAAAAAAAAGUUGCUCGCUUUCUCCCGCUUUGAUGCUGCUCCUCGCCCUGCAUUUUGAUUUCUAGGGUUUAUCUUCCAUCUUCGACUCGCCGGAAUUCGAACACUUCUCUUUGUUACACCCCCUCGGAAGUUGUCUUCUCGUUGAUCCGUGUAUCCUCUUGCAUGGUCCUGUUUGCGGUUUGGGAUAUGCCCAUUUGCUGAAAUUCCUGUUUCCAAUUCGACUUUGCUGUCUGCAUUCGAGGUUAUGUUUUCCUGGGAAAGUUAACGGCUUUUGCUUGUAAUCAUCAAUAUCUUGAUGGGUUUCGGUGAUGGAUUUUUGCUUCUGCUAUCUGGGUUAUGAUUAUAAGUUGGUUCAGCUUCCAUUUUCACGGGUUUGUAGUUAGCGUCGUGAAGGUGGAAAUGUUUGAAGUUUAGGGUUUAUAGGAGGUGAGAAGAGAUGGUUCUAGGUCCGGAUUCCGUGUGGAGACAUACUUGGAGUUUGGGUGAAUCCAAAUCUAAGAAGAAGUUAGAUGGUGUAGGAGAGGGAAGUGGCUGUUGGUUCAAGUUUAUGUUCCUUGGAAGCUGCUUGUCUCCAAGGUCCAAAGAGGAUGGUUCAGUCAGUGCCAGUAGCACAAGUAUACAAUAUGCUGAGAGUAAAUCGACAAAUGAUACUAGUAGAGACCAACCAGUUGUUCCAGUUGUGUCGUCUUCAACCACUAGCAACACUGGAAGCAUUCCGUCCACUCCCAACAUAGGCGAGGAGCUGAAAGUCGCUUCACAACUUAGGAAAUUCUCGUUCAACGAGUUGAAGGCAGUGACGAGGAGCUUCAGGCCAGAAAGUCUUCUCGGAGAAGGUGGGUUUGGAUGCGUUUUUAAAGGUUGGAUCAAUGAAAAUGGAAGUGCUCCUGCAAAGCCCGGGACUGGAAUUUCUGUCGCUGUCAAAACCCUCAACCAUGACGGUCUCCAGGGUCACAAAGAAUGGCUGGCCGAAGUUAAUUAUCUCGGUGACCUCAUUCACCCGAAUCUUGUAAAAUUAAUCGGGUAUUGCAUUGAGGAUGACCAGAGGUUGCUUGUGUACGAAUUCAUGCCUCGAGGGAGCUUAGAGAAUCAUCUCUUCAGAAGGUCUUUGCCACUUCCUUGGUCUACCAGAAUGAAAAUAGCCCUUGGUGCAGCCCGGGGGCUUGCUUUUCUUCACGAGGAAGCUGAAAGACCCGUGAUUUACCGAGAUUUCAAAGCGUCUAAUAUCCUACUUGACUCGGACUACAAUGCGAAACUUUCUGACUUUGGACUUGCCAAAGAUGCUCCCGAGGGAGACAAAACACACGUCUCAACCCGUGUGAUGGGAACUUAUGGUUAUGCUGCCCCAGAAUAUGUCAUGACAGGGCAUCUUACAUCAAAGAGUGAUGUCUAUAGCUUUGGGGUGGUUCUUCUUGAAAUGUUGACUGGUAGAAGAUCAAUGGACAAAAACAGGCCAAAUGGCGAACAUAACCUAGUCGAGUGGGCCCGUCCAUACCUCGGGGAGAAACGGAGGUUCUACCGUCUGAUAGACCAUCGUCUUGAAGGACGGUUUUCGAUCAAAGGAGCCCAGAGGGCCAUCCAGUUGGCUGCAAGAUGUCUCAGUCGCGAUCCCAAGUCUCGACCUUUGAUGAGUGAAGUUGUGGAAACCCUCAAGCCUUUACCUGAUUUGAAGGACAUGGCUUGUUCCUCAUCUUACUUUCAGGCCAUGCAAGCCGAGACGAUCUCUAGAAGUGGAAGUAGAGUUCUGGCAAGAACAGGACAUCCCGCGAGGAACCUGUCUCUUCCUAAUGCCCCUCAUGUCUCUCCUUAUCAUCGAAACCACCUGAUUCACCGUUCCCCCAAGCGCAAGUCUUGAACAAGCUUUACUCGUGUGUUUUACCUAACCGAUCUCUUUCUCGGGUGGAUGGAACGAUGAGUGAACUUUUGUUUAGGAGAUCGAAUGAAAAUGGUAGUUCUAGAUUUCGGUGAUCAUAUUGUUCGGUUCUCAAGUGCUGAUAGGACUUGCCCAUGAUUUGAUGAUCCUUGUAGAGCUAAAAACCAGUUUCUGCAAAAAAAAUUAUCAGAAAGAUCCAAAAAUUCUUGUAUU